GGCUGCCGCCCCUUCUGGGCUGCCGCAAUGGAACUCAGCGCCGAGUACCUCCGGGAGAAGCUGCAGCGGGACCUGGAGGCAGAGCAUGUGGAAGUCGAGGACACGACCCCCAAGCGUUGCGCGUCCAGCUUCCGAGUCCUGGUGGUGUCGGCCAAGUUCAGGGGGAAGCCACUGCUUCAGAGACACCGGCUGGUGAACACGUGCCUAGCGGAAGAGCUUCUGCACAUUCAUGCCUUUGAGCAGAAAACCCUGACCCCAGAGCAGUGGGGCCGUGAGCUGCAGAAAUAAGAGACCAAGGCCUGCACAGCCACUAAAUUAUGAAUCAGG